AUGACAACAACAGUGGUGAAGGAGGACGCGAGCGUCGUGCUGUGCGACAUUGAAGGCACAACGACGUCCAUCAAGUUUGUGAAGGACGUCCUGUUUCCCUACGUGCGCGAGAACCUAGAAUCGUACCUCGAGCGAACGUGGGAGACGGCGCAAACAAAGGGCGAUGUCCAGGCCCUUCGAGACCAGUGGACGGCGGACAAGGCAGCUGGGGUGGAGGGCGCCGUUCCUAUUCCAGAUGGACACACAAGGGAGGUUCGGGACGCCUGUGUAAAGUCUGUGCGGUGGCAGAUGGACAAUGACAGGAAAGCCACGGCAUUGAAGCAGCUGCAAGGCCACAUUUGGAAGGACGCGUAUGAAAGCGGCGCCGUCAAGGGCCACGUGUAUGAUGAUGUGCGCCCUGCCAUGGAGCGGUGGGUGGCAGAUGGCAUUCAGGUUCAGGUUUACUCGAGUGGCAGCGUUGCCGCUCAGAAGCUCCUCUUCAAGCACAGUGAAAACGGCGACAUGACAAAGCUGCUGAGCGGCCACUAUGACACACGGAUUGGCGGGAAAAUGGAGGCCGCGAGCUAUCGUCGCAUCGCGGAGGAAGCAAUGACGAAACCAAACUCAAUCCUCUUCCUCUCGGACCGCAUUGAAGGUGUGGGCAGAGCAAGGGGCAGCCAAUCGCUUGAAUGCAUUGCUUUGUGUUAG